GUCCCAGUCAAGCUCUACGACAGCAAGGCAGCCUAUGGUGCCCAUGAGUUCUACAGGAAGGCGACCUCGAUUUGCGGAGGGCACUUGGUGGACGUCCGAGACGAAGGCGAUGCUGUGAAGGAAUCCUGGGAUUUGCCGCAGAACGCCAGGAACCUGGUCUUGCGGGGCUGGCAAGAGGUAAAGGUUUGCACUGGUGCUCGACUGAUGAUCCUCGAAAACAAGGUGGUAGUUUCGGGCAGCCGGCGACAGGUAGAGGAGGGCAUUCGGCACGUGCAAAGGAUUCUGAACACCUACGACUCCUGCACGGUGAUGCUCUAUGACCACAGGGCUAAG